CCCACCCACGAGGAGCGGUCCUCGGAGGGUCGGCCUGGCGAUGCCCGCGCAGGCCGGGCGCUGGGGGCGCUUCUCGGAGCACCAGGCCCGGCAGCUGCAGCGCCAGGUGCAGGCCAAAGAAGAGCGGAUAGUUGAACUGGAGAUGGAGAAUGCUGUCCUUCACCUGAGACUGGCACAGUGCCGAGGAAUGACGGGAGAGGCCGGCAGCGCGGCCGCAGGGCUGUGCCCCCGGUGCCUGGAGCAGGACCCACCGCGGAGAAGCACGCCCCCGGCUGCACCCCAGCUCCACCGCAGAGUUCAGGUAGGAGUUCAGAAACUGAAGCAAGACAUAAAGGCGCUGCGAGCCUCGUCUCUGGCAGCUUUCAGAGCUUGCUGGGAACACCUGCAGGACGGUCUCUCUGCAGUGGAGGCGGCUGUCCAGGGAGCACAGCUGUGCCACCAGGCUCUGCUGGCUUGGCAGUCCAAGGUGGGUCAGCUGGAGCGGUCGCUGCAGGAAGCAGAUGCGCGGUACCAGCUGGAGAAGCAGAAGAGGAGGGUGCUGCACAAUCGCUUGGUGGAGCUGAAAGGGAAUAUCAGGGUUCACUGUCGGAUCCGGCCUCUGCUGCCUUUUGAUAAAGAAUUUGGUGAUCCAGCUUCACAGGACAGCUCGGUGCCAGCAGGAGUGGUCCACGCCAUCGAUGAUGAAACGGUCCUGGUGAAAUGUGCCCAGCCUGCUCACCCUUUGAUUAAUAAGACAUAUAAUUUUGAGAGAGUUUAUGGUCCAGAAGAAUCUCAGCAAGUGGUAUUUGGGGAUGUGUGCCCGCUGCUUACGUCUCUCAUAGAUGGGUACAACGUCUGCAUUAUGGCUUACGGGCAGACAGGAUGUGGGAAGAGCUACACCAUGCUGGGUCCACACUCUAAGGAGGAGCGCAUCCCACCAUGGGGACCUCACAGUGACCUUGGAAUCAUGCCCAGGGCUGCUGCGGAGCUGUUCAGGCUCAUUGCAGAAAACCCGUCGAGGCGCCUGCAGGUUGACCUGUCCAUAGUAGAAGUCUAUAAUAACAACAUUUUUGACCUUCUGGCCAAGGCACGUGGCAUGGCGGCGUCUGGGUGCAGGCGUGAGGCACUGACAACCAAGGAUGCAAGGCGGGAGGUCCCUCUGCUGACCCGAGAGCCCGUCCACAGCGCGGAGGACUUCGUGGCGCUCGCUGCCAGAAGCCUGCGGCUCAGGGCGGAGCUGGCCACCCUCGUGCACGCCCGUUCCUCUAGAUCCCACCUGAUAAUAACGGCCACUCUCACCAGGGGUCCCGCUGCCGGCGGCAGCCCCGCUGACCAGCAGGCAGAGCGACCACCGCUGGAGGGGCGGCCGGCCUCAGGGAGCAGGGGGGGCGCCUCCUGCGGCAGAGCCCCGGCCGGGUCCCCGGGGGCCCAGCAGCCCAAGGAGCAGGUGCAUGCCAAGCUGCAGCUCGUGGACCUGGCGGGUAGCGAGUGUGCAGGUGUGUCCGGCGUGACAGGAUCGGCCCUCAGGGAGACUUCGUUCAUAAACCGGAGCCUGGCGGCCCUCGCGGAUGUCCUGGGGGCCCUGUCGGAGCGCAGAGGCCACAUCCCGUACCGCAACAGCCAGCUCACCCACUUUCUCCAGGACGUUCUGGGAGGCGACGCAAAGCUCCUGGUGAUGCUGUGCGUAUCCCCCUGCCGGAAGCAUGUGGCAGAAACGCUGCGGUGUCUGGGGUUUGGGGCCCGGGCAAGGCAAGUCCAGCGAGGCCAAGCGAGUGGAGGCAGUCCGGCCCCCCGAAAACCCAGGUGAAGGAGGAUGGUGGUCGGGUCGCAUGUGCUAACGGGCUCCGCGCCCUGUCGUUGCUUGACCACGUAGGUGCCCUGCGAUAAGCUCAUUUAUGUUCAACUUCAUAAACCUGUUGUCUUCCAA